GGAAAUCGACACACGACAGACGCAACAGUUCCGGGUUAAGGUGACGAGACUUGAGCGUGAAUUUGUGGUUUUUGGCUCAAAGUGUCAUGUCAGGCUGUAAUUUACAGCUUUUUUAAAGUGUGAGUGGUAUUCAAACGUCGUAACCACGUUGGGAGUCAAACAGCGAUCCGUGAAACCUUUUCAUCAUCUUUGCGUAUAAGAAGACAUGGCGGCGUCCUUGAGCUGCAGCGCGAGACUUCUGGGGUUCCUGGCUCGGUCCGGCUCGCAGGGCAGCUCGUCUGGGAGUCGAGGCCUCCACGUCACUGUGGCGUGCUGCAAGAACCGAGCCGCUCGUGUCCGAGUUGGGAAAGGAGAGAAGCCGCUGACAUACGAGCAAGCUUAUCACCCUCAUCACAUCGGCCACUGUAAAGGAUGGCUGUCGCAGCACCCCGGUAACCUCCAAGGUGAGGAGGGGGCGGCCGAGCGCACCGUGGAGGACGUCUUCAUCCGGAGGUUCAUGUUCGGGACCUUCCACGGCUGCCUGGCCAACGAGGUCGUGAUCAAGAGGCGUGGCAACACACUCAUCGUGUGUGCCAUCCUGCUGCAGAGGCUGCUGCCUCAGAAGUUCUACUUCCUCAUCGGGUACUCGGAGUCGCUGCUGUCGCAUUUCUACAAGUGUCCCGUCAAGUUGGAGGUUCAGACCCUGCAGGACAAAGCUGUGUACAAAUACAUCUGACAUGUACACGGUUUCACCAGCGACCCCGGAGACCCUCUGGCUGCAAGUCCAGAACAUCAGCAGCAACUCAUUUACGUUUGAUCUUGUAAAGCUCUCAGUAUCCACAUCAUAUUCCAAUAAACCUGCAGACUGUUUUUGUUGGAUAUUUCACACCAUCAUAUCUAGAUAGACUGGUCGGGUCCAGUGAGGACUUGAAGCCUAGUAACUGACAAUGAGGUUUAAAUGCUGAUCUUUAAUUUCAUCACAGUGCAAAUCAAUUCACAUUUAAGGCACAAACACAUCUUCAGUGCAAAAGAGAAGGUGCACCAGAUUAAACAAUCCUGUCAAUCACAUUUAUGAAAGUUCCCUUUUUGGCUCCUGACAAAGAAACAUUUCUAAAACGAUGAGAAUUAUUACAGAUAAUACUCAAAGUAUAACAGUAAACAUGAGGAUAAAGUUGAUUUUUCAAGAUCUGAAGGGCAAAACUGGAGCCGGUGCACCUGAAGACGGACUUUAAUCGUCUUUCUUUCCCUGAAAGUGCUGGAGAGAUUUUAAAUAAAAAAUAAUGAUAAAAAACAGUGACUAAAUUUUAUGAAAACAGCUGGCAGCUGGUUGUUGUUUCCACAAGUUAAAGCCGAGACUUAGAUGGAGUUGAGUUUCAGCGGGAAUUAGCGGUCUAUAAACUUAUUUCAUGACAAAGGUUAUGUGUUUAAAAAAACAAACAGCUAAAUGAUUUUUAAUUCAUCAAAACUAGUCAGACAUUCAAGCUCUGUUCUCACCUUUUUGGUCCUUAUGCUAAGCUAGCUUCGAAUGUGCUGGUAAAACGUGACGUGAGCCGAUUCCCUCAUUUGUACUUCAGCAGCUAAAUGGGCUCGUUUUAAUCCACGUUCCUUCUGGAACGUGUCAUGUCUUCACUUUUUUGGGAAAA